UGCUCGGGCCUCUGUGCGGUGAGGAGCCUCCAUCAUAACACCGGAGCCACGAGGGCGUGUGGAUGAGGCUAUAAAACUCGCAAGCAUUUCGGACGACGUCUACAAGAAGAGGCAAAGGUCCGAGCCCGGCGAGGGACGCCGCUAGCUUGCCUAUCCCCUCACGACUCGAAGUCCGUUGGUCGUAUUCACGACCGAUUGCCCGCCCUUGGCGCAAGGGCGUUAUCUUGGGUGCGGCAUUAAAUCGCAGACCCGAGGCAGGAGGGAGGACGAAGGGUGGGUCGGCUGACCAAGUCAGUGCUGACGCGAGCGCACACCGAUUCCUUGCAGUGACGUCGCCUCUCCUCGCUUUCUCUCGCUCCGCUUCCACCUAGAGGCCGAGGGUUGGCUGUUCCGCGCUCAGCCCCGCUGCGGGAUUCUGCUCGGGCGGAUCAGCUCUCGGACUGAGCGGAGCCGAAGGCGAAGCCACAAGCCCCACAGAAGCUCUUGACAUGACGGCGUCCAUGAGGGAGAGAUUCGACAAGUUCCUGCGCGAAAAGAACUGCCUGACCGAUGUGUUGGCCAAAAUUGAGAGCAAGACCGGCGUCAGCAGGUCCUACGUCGCCAUCGCCAUUAUCGCUGUGCUGGCUAUUUACCUGGUUAUUGGCUAUGGAGCAUCAUUGCUGUGCAAUCUGAUUGGAUUUGCUUAUCCUGCAUAUAUCUCCAUCAAAGCCAUUGAAAGCCCUAACAAAGAUGAUGAUACACAGUGGUUGACCUACUGGGUCGUGUAUGGAAUCUUCAGCAUAGCAGAAUUUUUCGCUGACAUCUUUCUGUCCUGGUUCCCAUUCUACUAUAUGAUGAAGUGUGGCUUUCUGGUGUGGUGUAUGGCCCCAAGUCCCUCAAAUGGAGCAGAGUUCCUUUACCACAGAAUUAUCCGCCCUGUUUUCUUGAAGCAUGAGGCUCAGUUGGAUAAUGUAGUGAAGGAGUUAAAAGAAAAAGCUGGAGAGACAACAGAUACCAUUACUAAGGAAGUUAAAAAAGCAACAAUAAAUUUACUGGGCGAUGAGAAGAAGAGCACCUAAAGAAAUUAAUUGGAAGAAAUUUCUCCUUGUCAUGACCUUUAUACAGUGUGAUGUUUCUGGGGACUGUGAUACAGUAAUUUGAAUAAUGUUGCCUUGUAAACCUUUUUGAUUUUAUUAAAAGAAUGUAUUGUAAGAUUUGCUUGCUGUUUUUGCAGUUUUCUGUAUUGAAAGUAAGCAUUUUUAUUUAACGUCAAUGCAGUAGAUGGCAUCUAACGCUUAUACAGUUUCUAAGAAGAAAGAAGAUUUUCAGUAAUGUCUUAUUUGCCUUUCAUGUAAUUUUCAAAAGAAAAUAUGCCCCAGGCUCUGAAUAUUACACUGUUUGUGCAUGCAAUAGCUGUAUGUGCAAAUUUCAUUUCAUAUUUGACUAGUUCUUGUUAUAGCAUAGUUAAAUAUCAAAGUGUAAUGAUAGUGAUUUGGUGUGCAUAGUUUUGUAUAUAUACAAAGAAUGACAAUUAGCCAUGUGUUGCUGGGUAUCUCUCUUCACACAGACUUUCACCAAUUACUUAUAAUGUUGAAAGAAUAAACUGAGAUGACAGUGCUGGAAACUGAUUUUGAAGUACAGAUUGGUUGUAACUUGUAAUAUCUGGUUUAGUAUAUGUAUAUUGACUUAGGCAUUCUCUUUAAAUACUAAAAAGUGAACCCUUUGCCAAAAUUUAUUUAACAUCAUCAUAUUGGAAAGUCUGGUAGCACGUUUUCUGACUGACACAUUUUAUUAAAAGGCAUAAGCUCUCUUGAGCUGGGGCUCACCUAAUUAAAUGCAGAGAGCGCAUCUCAUAAAAGUCUGUGCUUUUUAAUAAAAUCUACUGUUUUAGAAAAGCUGCUAUAAGAAAACUGAAUUUUUACUAAUGCAUAGACUGGCUCUCCUACAAUAUUACCUGAGUUAUGUAACCAAACAACUGAUUAAGGCAGAGAAAAGACAUUUUCCCCUUCCCCAUUGACACCCUAUUCUGGUUCACUGAACUUCAGUCCUGUAAUGUUUUUUUUAAUAGUGGUGGUGUUUCAUGUGAGCAAUACAGAUGAUGCUUGCUCAGUUUAUAAAAUAAAAAUUUAAAAGGGA